AAGCUACCCUAUUCGAUGGCGAACAUCUUAUGUCGUGCCGCCGCAUGUGCAUUUGUCUUCGCACAGAAGCAUGCGCCUCAUUUGGUCUCAGCGCCGGACCUGUCGCCAGUUGCUCGCGCUUCAGACUCGUGUCAUGUACGUCGCAUUGAGGGCAUACGCCUGCCAGCUGUUGGAUAUCUCAACUCCCAUUGCUCGCAAGAAAUACGGAAAGAGCAAACAACUCGUACCUGCCAUCGGACUAGCGAUAAUUACACACGGAUUAAACGCAGCAUAGACCACAAAUAUUUGCCAAAGUGUAAGAGUGCGACCAUCGUUGCGGUCACUCCGAUCCUGAAGCGCAUCGUUCCGCGACGAAACACGCACCAUGGGAUCUGUCACUGAGAUGGAGUCCGCUUACGAGUACGGCCGUUGCUCUGGAUGUUUUCGAAACCAUCAACUACCACCAUUCUCCCUUCGCAGCCACACAGCGUCUAUUCAAUCCUCGACUACAACACCAGAGUCCCAAGGUCACGACCACGAACCAAACCUGCGGACCUGGUCUAUCCCUCGUCCAAACAUACAACCGGACUCCGCCCCAGAUGGGCAAUCCGACGCCCCUAAUUUGACACCGCGAGCGCCUCCGAUUCUGCCACGGUUUUGCACAGUCAAGAACGUCACCUUGCCUGUGGAUGACCUCGAUCUUGGCUCACUUCCGGAGAGUGAUUUCGCCGAGUAUGCCAGGUCUGUUGCAUCUGUGCGGACUUGCCUCCUUCGCGAGGCCUGGCUGCCCCUUUGCCCUGUCGCGGUGGAAAACGAUGAGUCUUUGGCAUUUCCAGCAGCCUCCACGAGUUCACAUCUGGUCUUGCAACAGCAAUUAGCAGACGAGGCGAUUGAAGCAGCUGCUGAUGCAAUGACACCCAUAAAUCCGAAUAUGGGACUAUCACUGCCUCCCGGCCGACCGAUAUGUAUCACACCGCCGCUUUCUCCUGUUUCCAGCUCUGAACCGGCCUCACCAUUCAUACCGGGACCAGACGGUAGCAUCGUUGACCUCGUGUCUGAAGCAAGCAGUCCAGUUCCGCCUCUGGUGCAGCAACUCCAAUCACAGCUGCGCUACGGAGGUCUCGAUUCAGACGUCGCGGCCCCGCCUACCACUGUUACCACAUCGCCACUGCUGACUUGUCUAGACUACGAGUUGGGCCAAACGUCGAUCGCUGACCUGAUUGUCGAUGUACCUUUGUCUGCUGUGAACUCGGAUCCUCCCUCUGCGAACGAAACCUUGACCGCAAUCCGACUUCCUGUUAUGCCAGAUAGUUCCGAUUCGACUUCCCACGAAGAGAUCUGCGACAAAUACUUUGACGACGCGCUGGUGACCUUUCUGGACAGUCGUCGUUCCGAACUCUCCGCCAUACUUGAUCAUGAACAGCUAUGCUCCUACGACACCAACUCACGUAUCCCAGUGCCGUCUGUGGACACUGAAACCCCCGAGGCACAGGGGCCAUUUGAUACGUGGACAGCUAGACAGCACCUCUCCAAGCUCCUCGUCGGGUCAUACGCACUGAUGGGACACCUGGUGACUAGCAUAUCGCAGACUGCAUUGCUUGACAGUGAGCUGAGAUGGAAUCCACUACCGCGUGGUGUUGGGAAGUUAAGUCUCCAUGAAGAGUUGACUCAGGCGUCGGCGAGCCAGCAGGACGACUUUCUCGAGGAUCGGCCAUGGAUACAAGUCCUCACAAUGCGCGACUCGAUCAGAAUCAAAGCGACAGAAGACCCAGAGCCGGAGUUGUCAGAUGUUUCAGAACCUGCCACCGACGAUACACUCGCCUGUCACACAACGGAAACCGACAUUCGACAGCUCCCUUUAGACAUUUCCCGAGCUGUUCCUCAGCAGCCAACAGGAUUUCCGACUGUUGGGCAUGGUGAGAUUGUUGACGACAACUGCCCGCGAAGCCUGCACGCCGAGGACAUCUCAAGCACCGCUAGGCUCUUGAACGACUUCAUUGCCUUGCGGGGUGUUAAGCGGCGGCGGCUAUCGGGCUCAAAAACGCUGGGACAAGGCCCAACUCGACAGGCCGCUCAGCCGCAGUUGUCAGCGACUCGCCAUCGGCAACAGUCAGUGCCUCAACAUCAGAAAGAGCCGAGGCGAGCACCGCAGCCUGUCUUCGAGAUACCGGACCAGAAAGGGCCCUGCAUUGUGUCACUGACGCUCGAUCGAUCCAUCAUACGUCAGUUGGAGACCUACUUGCCGCCGGAGCUCUUGGUCGACCGAGACUUCUCGUUGCUUGGCGCUGAUAGACCUUUCCCCGAAGCGGGAACUCAAGGCCAAUAUGACUGCUUGGCUGCGAUAGACGCCGAUGUAUGCCUGACACCAACGAUGGGGCUUAUAGCCACGAGCCUCGUCAAGGUUAGGCAAAAGCCUCUUCCAGGGUCACAAGGGCGCGCCCCUCUUCGGGACCGGAUAUACAAUGCCAGUCUCAAAUACGAGACUUUAAUCGUUCUCGUUUCCGAGUCGAAUAUGGCGGGCGAGUUUAGCGGUAGUCUCAGCCCGUCCGACUUGGCGUCGUACGCCGACUUUGCUCGCUUUGCGAAUAGCCUUUGUACAAGGGUACCGACAUUUCUUGUUCCAGGCGCCAACGGCACACUUGCGCAAUGGAUUCUGGCCUUCUUGUGUCAUUGCAGUACAGGGACAGCCAGUCUCGCAAAUGUCAUCACUUUGGAAGAAUCACCCUGGGAGCUUUUCUUCCGUCGAGCUGGGUUGAACGCCAUGAGUGCUCAAAUCAUAUCCAAGUCUCUCCUUGCGGAGUAUGGAAAUUCUGGCCUUGCAGAGUUCCUCGACUUGCCGAUGCAGAUGAAGAUUGCAAAGUAUGGCACCGUGCUAGGAGGGCAUAAAGCGCUCGCCAGAUGUAGCAGGCUGCUGGGUAGGUCCUGGCUUUGACAGGGGCCGACACGGGAUUCAUUGCGUAGAUCUUGGCACUUUUGCUUGUUAUAUGGUAACAGCACUUGCGACUUGGCCAUAGCAGGGGAUCAUAGCCCACUGAGCCGGCCCAAGAAGACAUCUACUACCCGUUCUGGGUAUACCGUAUAUCCUGUAUCAGUUCUUUAUGCACAGAGUACAGUCGUGUAUCAAAAUUGCCGUCGUGGAGCAACCGAC